GCACAAAUUGUUUUCUGUUUGGCUUUAAAAGUCCUGGUUUGGUUGGAAUUAUAUGUAUAGUUAGUUUGGCUGCCAGGAGGUUAAGUGAGUGGUGAAGAAUGGACGUGAUUAAAUUAACUUUUUUGGUGUUUCUUUAUCAGCAGUUGCUAUGGCAAGGAAACGUCUGGAGUCAGGCUGCGAACACCACUGUCAGCACGACGCCGCCGCCUCAGGACGACUCUGGGGAUAACGUCACUGUCAGCACGCCGCCGCCUCAGGACGACUCUGGGGAUAACGUCACCAUCAGCACGACGCCGCCGCCUCAGGACGACUCUGGGGAUAACGCCACCGUCAGCACGACGCCGCCGCCUCAGGACGACUCUGGGGAUAACGCCACCGUCAGCACGCCGCCGCCGCCUCAGGACGACUCUGGGGAUAACGCCACCGUCAGCACGGCGCCGCCGCCUCAGGACGACUCUGGGGAUAACGUCACCGUCAGCACGGCGCUGCCGCCUCAGGACGACUCUGGGGAUAACGUCACCGUCAGCACGGAGCCGCCGCCUCAGGACGACUCUGGGGAUAACGCCACCGUCAGCACGGCGCCGCCGCCGCCUCAGGACGACUCUGGGGAUAACGUCACCGUCAGCACGGCGCCGCCGCCUCAAGACGACUCUGGGGAUAACGUCACCGUCAGCACGGCGCCGCCGCCUCAGGACGACUCUGGGGAUAACGCCACCGUCAGCACGGCGCCGCCGCCUCAGGACGACUCUGGGGAUAACGCCACCGUCAGCACGGCGCCGCCGCCUCAGGACGACUCUGGGGAUAAUGUCACCGUCAGCACGGCGCCGCCGCCUCAGGACGACUCUGGGGAUAAUGUCACCGUCAGCACGGCGCCGCAUCAGGACGACUCUGGGGAUAACGCCACCGUCAGCACGGCGCCGCCGCCUCAGGACGACUCUGGGGAUAACGCCACCGUCAGCACGCCGCCGCCGCCUCAGGACGACUCUGGGGAUAACGCCACCGUCAGCACGGCGCCGCCGCCUCAGGACGACUCUGGGGAUAACGCCACCGUCAGCACGGCGCCGCCGCCUCAGGACGACUCUGGGGAUAACGUCACCGUCAGCACGGCGCUGCCGCCUCAGGACGACUCUGGGGAUAACGUCACCGUCAGCACGGAGCCGCCGCCUCAGGACGACUCUGGGGAUAACGCCACCGUCAGCACGGCGCCGCCGCCGCCUCAGGACGACUCUGGGGAUAACGUCACCGUCAGCACGGCGCCGCCGCCUCAAGACGACUCUGGGGAUAACGUCACCGUCAGCACGGCGCCGCCGCCUCAGGACGACUCUGGGGAUAACGCCACCGUCAGCACGGCGCCGCCGCCUCAGGACGACUCUGGGGAUAAUGUCACCGUCAGCACGGCGCCGCAUCAGGACGACUCUGGGGAUAACGCCACCGUCAGCACGGCGCCGCCGCCUCAGGACGACUCUGGGGAUAACGCCACCGUCAGCACGCCGCCGCCGCCUCAGGACGACUCUGGGGAUAACGCCACCGUCAGCACGGCGCCGCCGCCUCAGGACGACUCUGGGGAUAACGCCACCGUCAGCACGGCGCCGCCGCCUCAGGACGACUCUGGGGAUAACGUCACCGUCAGCAUGGUGCCCCCGCCUCAGGACGACUCUGGGGAUAACGUCACCGUCAGCACGGCGCCGCCGCCUCAGGACGACUCUGGGGAUAACGCCACCGUCAGCACGGCGCCGCCGCCUCAGGACGACUCUGGGGAUAACGUCACCGUCAGCAUGGUGCCCCCGCCUCAGGACGACUCUGGGGAUAACGUCACCGUCAGCACGGCGCCGCCGCCUCAGGACGACUCUGGGGAUAAUGUCACCGUCAGCACGGCGCCGCCGCCUCAGGACGACUCUGGGGAUAACGCCACCGUCAGCACGAUGCCGCCUCAGGACGACUACUCUGGGCAUAACAGGACCACGAGUUGGCUUCAAAUGUUGCCUUGAGUCCUGCUGAAUGCGUUCCAGGUGCUGUGUAUUUGCGUUGUCAACAUUGUUUCACUAGCCAAAUAAAGCCUUUAAGUUAU